CCCCCCGCUCUCCUCGCUUUGAUCGAACGUGUCAUUACACGUACGCCGUCAACUCUCUCCAUUUUGCACGAGAGCAGUUACCUCUCCUCCGCCGCUGACGCCGUCUCGUCUAGAAUCCCGCGACUUCGCCGCUCGCUGCUUCUUUAUGGAGCGUCCCGAUAGUGGCAAAAUCGAGUCUCCGGAAAGCCCGUUCAGGCCGAAUGCUCUCCAAGGGAAAGUCGCCUUGAUAACCGGUGGUGGUUCGGGAAUAGGCUUGGAGAUCUCGAAGCAGUUCGGCAGGCACGGCGCCAGGCUUGCGAUCAUGGGUCGGAGAGAGGCCGUGCUGCGAGCAGCGGCAGACGAGCUGGCUAAGGAAGGGAUCGAGGCGUUGCCUGUUACUGGGGACGUGAGGCGGAAGGAGGAUGGUCAGAGCGCUGUGGCUGCUGUUAUGGCGAGAUACGGCCGCCUGGACGUGCUUGUCAAUGGCGCUGCUGGAAACUUCCUGGCAGCUGCAGAGGACCUGUCAGUGAACGGCUUCAGAACAGUCUUGGACAUAGACGCUGUGGGCACCUUCAACAUGUGCCUGGCUGCUCGGCCAUUCCUGCAACAAGGAGCACAGGGUAGGGCGGAGGGAGAGUGUGGCGGAUCCAUUAUAAACAUCAGCGCUACUCUGCACUACACUGCUGCUUGGUACCAAGUGCACGUUAUGGCUGCUAAGGCUGCAGUGGAUGCCACCACCCGCUCCUUAGCUCUGGAAUGGGCAACUGACUAUGGCAUCCGAACCAACGCAAUAGCUCCGGGGCCGAUAGGGUCGACGCCAGGCAUGGCGAAGCUGGCUCCGUCUGAGCUGGGGAUCGACGCUGGGGAAUUCAACCCGAUGCAGCGGAUGGGGGAUGCGUGGGACAUCGCCAUGGCUGCUGUCUACCUCACUGCCGACACUGGGAAGUAUGUCAACGGGGCGACCCUGGUGGUGGACGGCGGCGGCUGGCUGUAUCGGCCGCGUGUCUUUGACAGGGAGGUCAUACAGGAGGUGUCUCGGGCGGUGGAGAGGCGAUCCAGGAAGGCUGCACCUGGUGCAGGCGCACCUGCUUCUGGAGGGCAACAAAGGAGCAAGCUUUGAGAAAUUGGAUGGUGGUCAGAGUUUAUCGCAGCAGUGCAGCAAAAGAAACCAUUCGUAGUCUAGGGACAGCCAUGACAUGACAUACUAUUACCGAAUGAUUGUUGGUGGAUUGUUUCUUGUGUAUGAUAUCUAGUAUGGUGAUAUAGUGUGUGAUGUGUCUAAGUAAUGAAAUUGACGUCCUUUU